CGCUCAAACUCAGCAGCGCACGCGCAACUUCCUCGUCCGAAGUCGCGCUCCUCAUUUCCCGAGCACACUCGCGAAAAAUGGACGCUUCUGCCACGAAAUGAGGAAUAUUUUAUGACAGAAGUAUCGCAAUCUCGUUCAAGUCGUCGUCUGAAGCGGCGGACAGCACCAUGGGCUGUGUGUGCUCAAAGAAGGGCCGGGAGCAUCUUCGGAAAGGGAGCGGCGAGGGGCAGAAAAGUGCACUGACAACCCACUACGUCAAAGAUCCCACAGCAGGAAAUUCCAAAGCUGCCAAAAUACCAUCCAGUGCAAACAUAACAGACGGAGACAACAUUGCUAUAGCACUGUACGAUUAUGAUGCCAUUCAUGAUGGAGACCUGGGCUUCAAGAAGGGAGACAAACUUCGAAUUUUGGAGGAAUCAGGGGAGUGGUGGCGAGCAAAGUCGAUCAGUACAGGUCAAGAAGGCUUCAUCCCCAGCAAUUAUGUUGCUAAAGAUACCCUGGAGGCUGAGGAGUGGUUCUUUAAGGGCGUGAGCCGCAGAGAUGCCGAGAGGCAGCUGCUGGCCCCCGGGAACAAAGUUGGAUCGUUCAUGAUCCGAGACAGCGAGACCAACAAGGGAAGCUUCUCUCUGUCCGUCAGGGACAGUGACGGCCCGUCUGGUGACACCGUUAAACAUUAUAAGAUCCGUAUGCUGGACAACGGAGGAUUCUACAUCUCUCCCCGGAUCACAUUCAGCACCCUGCAGGACAUGGUCAAGCAUUACAAGAAGCAGGGCGAUGGCCUUUGCCAAACCCUGAGCAACCCUUGCCUGAGUCCUAAACCUGAGAAGCCCUGGGAGAAAGACGCCUGGGAGAUCCCAAGGUCGUCACUGAAGCUGGAGAAGAGACUUGGUGCUGGCCAAUUUGGAGAAGUCUGGCUGGCUACAUACAACAAACACACCAAGGUAGCAGUGAAGACCAUGAAACCUGGAAGUAUGUCAGUUGAAGCCUUCAUGGCUGAGGCCAACCUGAUGAAGACUUUACAGCACGACAAACUGGUCCGCCUCAAUGCUGUGGUCACCAAGGAGGAGCCCAUUUAUAUUAUCACCGAAUUAAUGGAAAAAGGUAGUUUAUUAGACUUCCUAAAGAGUGAUGAAGGCAAUCGCAUCCCACUUCCCAAGCUCAUCGACUUCUCUGCCCAGAUUGCAGAGGGCAUGGCCUACAUUGAGCAGAGGAACUACAUCCACCGGGACUUGAGGGCCGCCAACAUCCUGGUCAAUAAGGCUUUAGUCUGCAAAAUUGCCGACUUUGGCCUCGCCCGCGUCAUUGAAGACAACGAAUACACAGCAAGGGAAGGAGCAAGAUUCCCCAUUAAAUGGACAGCCCCUGAAGCCAUUAACUAUGGCUGUUUCACUAUUAAGUCGGACGUCUGGUCUUUUGGUAUUUUGCUGACGGAGAUCAUCAGUUAUGGACGCACACCGUACCCAGGGAUGACCAACCCAGAGGUGAUCCGUUCCCUGGAGAAGGGCUACCGGAUGCAGCGUCAGGACAGUUGUCCCAAGGAACUCUAUGACAUCAUGCUAGAGUGUUGGAAGAACAAACCAGAUGACCGUCCAACCUUUGAUUACCUGCAGAGUGUCCUGGAGGAUUUUUACACAGCCACAGAAAGCCAGUACCAGCAGCAACCAUGACUCGCAGCCAUUGUUUCUGUGCAGUCUCAUGAUGUAGUAUUUGUAUAAAAACGUUAUAGUAGGAAUUUCCCGUGUCCUCUGUCCAUGUACCGCUCAAUCACCGGAUGUCUCAGCAGGCUGUGGACACAAUUUCUUCCAAAGAAGCCCCACUUUGAAACAGCGGAAAUGUUUUUUUUGUUUGUUUGGUUGUUUUUUUUUUUUGUUUACCCGAGCUUGUGUUGUCAAAGGCCAAGGUCUCCAGAAUGGCCUGUGACCACAAUUAGCGCACAUACUUUUGCUAGGUUAAAAUUGUAUGCAAGUAUGAAUGAUAAAAACAGUAAUGAAUCCUCAAAGAUCCAAAUUUUGGAAAGAAUGAGGCCUUUUUGUUUAUUUUACAACGUACAACAAUAAGCACUUAUUCAGCAUUCAACUGCAUACUGCUGAACACGGUGAUUAUGUUCUGUAAUUCUUUAAUUAGCAACAACAACAAAAUGUAAAAAAAUAAUAUAAAAAAAAUUAUGUUUUCACUCCAGCAUGUCCACCAUCUUUGUGGAAUGCGUGACAGAAGUCAUCAACUGAAAAGUAGACCUACUUUACAAACUGCUUUGUCUUUUAUUUAUACACCGUGCAUCAUUGUGAGAGUUAUAAUGUGAUGUGCAAAUUAUAGGACUGAUUUAAAAAUGAUCAAUGUUAUGACCAUUUUUAUUAAGUGGUCAUUUCUUUGUGCCUUUUCCUGUGUCUAUGUAUAUUUUGUUUUCUUUUUCUGUACUUGAAGUAUGCCUAAAUGUUUAAUGUUGUAAUUACUCCUUAGUCAUUGAUUUAGGAAAGAAAGAAAGUUCAGUCACAUAUAAUUAGCCUUCAUUUUGUUCUUUGAAAAAAUAAGUUAUUUAGAUGUUAAGUUCUGCCAUAAUGAAUUGCUCACAUUAUAAUAUCACAUUCACUGCCAUUGACGGCUUUAGAAGUCAAAUAUCCAUGUUAACAGGAAAGGCUGGCAGUGAAUGAGUUUUUAAGUGAAAUACUAAACAAUAAUAUGUGACUUUGCAAUGGUCUUUUUAGAAUUUUUGUAAAGAAGCAAUGGAUGACAAUAUUAAUUAUAUUGAUUCUAUACAUAGAAUCAAGAGCCCAGAUUUUUUUUUAAAUCGCCCUACUUGUUAAUUAGUGGCGAUUCAGUAAACAUAAACAUGUUUUCAAAUAAAAUAUUUUAAUAUUAAGAAACAUUUAUUUGUUCCAGGUGUGUAAUGCCAUGAGGACAGGAAGUUACAUUUAGACUGUUUUUUUCUUGAUAUAUGAGGAGCCUACUAUACUGAAUCAGUCCCAUCCAGAUUGGGCACCAUUUCUACACCCGAGUCACAGGUGACAGUGACUGCCUCUGUCCCAGACAGGAAAAGAGAGAAUCACAAAAGACUGUGAGUACACCUGUAAUGAAUGAGACAGCGAUGAAUGACACCACAACAUAUGGAGGACCAACAUCAAGCAGAUGAAGAAGCAGAGGCUGUGGCUGAGGUUUGAGUCAGCUGAUGAGAGACCGAUGGCAGAGAAGAGAGAAGAGAACCGAGCCCUGCAGUGUGAGCUUGACAGGAGGAUCGUUUCUUUAAAGGAUAUUGACGUAAAGUCAAGUACUUACACAGGAAUUCCACACUUUGAAGUCUUGGUCUGUGCACUGGCAAACAUGAGCUCCUGUGUGGUUGCGAAACACAGCUGAUAAUAAUAAUUUUAUGCAAUUUUUUUUUUUUAAAUAAAAGAUACAUUUCC